UGUGCUGUACUGCUGUAUGGAUUACAUUAGAUAGGUUAAGAAUUUACUGAAUGUAAGCUUUAUUGGAAACUGGAAAGUGAGUUUUUGGUUCUUACAUGCUCAGUUACUUUUGUGUUUCUUCGUAUUUUCCAAGUCAUGAAGUCACCACACAAAGUUCAAGCUGAAGUUGGUACUUCAUCCCAAAGUACUUCCAAUGACAAGUCAGAAUCUGGUAACUUAUCCCAAAGUACUUCCAAUGACAAAUCAAAAGCUAGUACAUCAUCCCAAAGUACUUCCAACGACAAAUUAAAAGCUAGCACUUCAACCCAAAGUACUUUAAAUAACAAGUCACCCACCAUGCAAUUAAACAGGGGUAUAAAGGGCAAAAUCACACAAAAGUCGGGAAAAGGUGUCAAAAUGACUCCUUUUAAAAAAGGGAAAAUCAGAAAAUCCAAUGAUCCAAAUAAAAAAAGAUCUACAAGUUACUGUGGAUGGAAAGUAAGUGAAAAGAAAAAAGCUUUGGAGGUUUUUAAGGAAGUAUUUAAAAGUGAUGAUUGCUUUGCCUCCAAAGACAUUCCUGAGCAUUUGAUGAAACAAAUUCUUGAAAAAAUGGAUGGCAGAGAUGAGGCUGGUAUUCUGGACUUGGUGUACUAUUAUGAGCGCAUAAUACGUCAAGAGAAGGUUUUGAGUGCAAAUCCUCUUGAUAUUUGGAAAGACUUAAUUGAAGCCAUUAGUCCUGAGAAUGAACAUCUAGAACAACAAAUUGCCUCAGCACUUUUAGUAGCAAUUGAAGAACCGAUUCCUAAUGUUGGUAACUUAAAACCUACAAAACAAAGGAAGUCUAAAACGAAAUCAACUACAGAUCCAAACAUAGAAUUUCCCAAGCCAGAUUUUAACGAAGUAUACAAAUACCUAUCAUGUGCAAUAUUAGGCAAACCACUGCCCCAACUUUCCCCUGUAAAUUCGCUUUUAGUGGAAGACUGUAUUCAGUCGUUGUCUGAACAAAUUAAAAUUUUAAACGACAGUGAUUUGCGGCAAUUACUUCGAAAAUCAUUUUUAUUUAUUACACGCGAGGCAGACCAAGAAGCAGAGGCUGAUGAAGAAGAUAAUGUUAAAUGUAUUCAACAAACUGCUAACAUUUUUAAUCCACUGGGAAUAAAUAAGAAUGCUAUAGUACCUGUUCCACCCAAUUUAUGAUUCAUUAUAUCAUAGGCGCCAGACUUGGGGUUACAUCGUAUGGAGGCCUAACCUGAAAUUGUUUGCUCUGCAUUAAUCAAUUAACAAUAAGAUACAACCAAUAGGCAAUAAGUUAGAUUUGUUUGAUGGGAAUUUUCAUCUAACUAUCCCUGCCUUCCCUGCAUUUUAUAACGUUUGAUAAAUUAUAAUAUUCUAGUAUUCGUUUUGUUAAACAAAUAUCUAGUGUCAUUAAUAACCUACACAUUCUUGAUAGAUUCUCGUUUUUAAGGUCAUGGCCCACUUGGUUCCUCUGUAAUGUUUUCCUGUAAUUUUAAAGAUAUUGAUAAGUUACCAAAUACCACUAACCAUGUUUUACAACAACACCAAACAUUUUUUAUAUGUUAUUGAUAAUUAGUGAGUUGUUUGGAACAUCAAUAACUACACAAUUUGACUAAAUUUUGCAUUCAUUUGGUAUAGGCUUUGUUUUACAUUUGUUUUACAUUUGUUUUUUCUUUUCGUUUAG